AGCCCAGAGUCUCUCCACCAUCGGCCUUCUCCCUCCUUGGGAUGACAUGCACCUCUGAUGCCAUCAGCACAAGAGGAAAGAUGACAAGGAAAUACACACAGGAGGGUGUUUCCGGCCAGGUCUUGAAGGUCUCAAGGUUCACUUUGAUGCUCAAUCUUUCAUCCCCAACCUCAGAAGAAGAUGCUGAACCACCUCAAGAGCUACCUCUAGCUCCCACUGUGGUGCCUGCAGCAGCUUCAGAGCCCGAGGGGCCUGGAUGGGAACCAGUUGUGAGUAUGAUACAGCAAUGGAUACAGCUGAGGGGAGCCUGAAGGAGCCUACUGCAAAGUUUCUAUGGACAACCAGGGGCAUGAUUGAAAGACUUAGGGAUCUACCCCUGUGGGGGACAUUCCUGGCUUAAAAGUGUUCAAGCGGUGAAGCGGGGCGAUAUCCCAGGUGUGACAGCAUGAUUUCAGGAUCCCGGGGGUCCCCAGAAGACCAGCUGGGGCCCGAAUGCUUCUGAGUUCCCAGACAUCAGUUAGGGAGGAUGGCUGAAAACCAGGAAGCUAGGUCCCGGCUUUCUGCUCUGGGAAGCAAGCUGGGCCCAGACACCACCUUAUUCCAUCCACAAAGUCUCACACAUCUCGCCAUUCUGGUUGCAAUGAAGAAAUGGACUGUACACCAGAAUUUCGUACCUGUGGAUUAUGCCCAGGAUUUAAGGUGCUAGAGAAACAUUUUUUGACAUAAGGAUGGAGAAAUGGUUCCUCCACAACAGCUACUGGAAGGACAACUGAAGGAUUAUUUCAGCACCGGGAGUCAGACAUGCAGGAGUGAAUGGGAAACAAAGAGCCCGGUGGGAAACCAGCCUGGCAGCAGUGGCAAAGUCGGGGCAGGGGGGAAGAGGGAGAAGUCAAAAGGCAAAACGUGCACAGGGAAAAGCGCGAACGCAGUCCCCCACUACCACAAAUUAUGCAGUCGAGUUUCCCACAUUUGGGGAAAUCGCAGGGGUCAGCACAUCCGGAGUGCAAUGGAUAAGCCUUGCCCUGGGAAAACCACCUUCAUGAUCAUGGACAAUAACAGAAACAAACACGAUGCAGGAAUGUCGACUAUUACUGGUUCAUGUUCGAGAACACAGUCAAGGAUCACCUCCAAGACCUUUGGCGAUGCAGCGUGGUUGAGGAGGAUUCCUGCCAGAAGUCCUAAGACAUUUGAGAAAGUAAAUUAUAUAACACCCUUUCUUUAAAUAUUAAAACUAAAAUUGAAAUAAUUCAUGCAUGCUUUAAAUAAUAGGAAGACAUUUUGUCAAGUAUGUAUUAUAAAAACAAAGCACAUUUGGUCAUACCACAGAGAUACUACUAAUAAAGUUCGUUCUUUCUUUCUUUCUUUCUUUCUUUCUUUCUUUCUUUCUUUCUUUCUAGUUUUGUCUCAUGCCACACUUUAGUAAAAUUCAUAUUACUCCUUGACUACUCUCUCGCUGCUCUUGGCUUUCUUCUUUCUCUUCCUUCUCCUACUCUUUUUAAAAAUUCAUGCAUAUUUAGGAUUGAUCUAAUUUUAAUUUCUUCUGACUUAAGGCUACUCUUGGAGGGGAGCCUGGGUGGCUCAGUUGUUGAGUUUCAGCUCAGGUCUUGAUCUUUUGAGUCCUGGGAUCCUGCCCUGAGUUGGACUCUGUGCUCAGCAGGGGGUCUGCUUGAAGAUUCUCUGCCGCUGGGGCGCCUGGGUGGCUCAGUGGGUUAGGCCGCUGCCUUCGGCUCGGGUCAUGAUCUCAGGGUCCUGGGAUCGAGUCCCGCGUCGGGCUCUCUGCUCAGCGGGGAGCCUGCUUCCUCCGCUCUCUCUCUCUGCCUGCCUCUCUGCCUGCUUGUGAUCUCUCUCUGUCAAAUAAAUAAAUAAAAUCUUAAAAAGAUAAAGAAAUAAAAAAGAUUCUCUGCCUCUGCCCAACCACACCCCCCCACACAUUCUCUUUCAAAUAAGAAUUCUUUAAAAGGAGAUGAAAGUAAGAAAAACCUGAAAAAAAUAAACAAAAGCCUACAAAAUAAAAAUACAAAGAAUGCUACCUAGUGAUUUCCCUGAGCUCUGCAGCUUUGCAGCCCUCUCUGAUCAGUGAACUUGAGAGGGGUGAGCUGUUCGUGAUGGCCUUCUAGGGGAGGGGCUCUUGCCCUGAUCCUCAGGGGGACUUCCCCUGGUGCAACUGCAGCUGGCCCAAGCAGCAGAGACGGGCCCUGGGUUCCAGCAAGUGCCGCUGUUUUACUCCCUGAAGGCUUGCAGCACCAAUGGCUGAGGUGACUGUCACCGCACCCUGCUCCCUACCCCGGAGCUGAAAAUUCACACCCAGCUCUUCAGUGAGCCCGCACAGAAAAAAACGUUCCACCGGUCUUAUCUCCUCGGAUUCUGUCAGAACUCUGCGUUCACCCUGCCAGGGACGAGGCAUUUUUAUCGUAGGCACGUGACUGAGUUCCAAUUCCAAUUGUUUUGUUUUGUUUUAUUUUUAAAGAUUUUAUUUAUUUGAGUGAGGGAGUGCAUGAGAGCGGAGAAGGUCAGAUGGAGAAGCAGACUCCCCAUGGAGCUGAAGCCCUAUGUGGGAUUCGAUCCCAGGAAUCCGGGAUCAUGACCUGAGCUGAAGGCAGUUGCUUAACCAGCAGAGCCACCCAGGAGGUGGGAACCACCCACUCCAGGUUCUAUGGAUUCCAGUGACACAGACCAACACCAGACCUGCGAGGUGUCAGAGGUCUCACCAAGCUCCUGCUUCUUCUGGACCUCUCCCAGGAAAGUGAUCACCCAACUAUGCUGUGAUUCGGAGUACAGGGCUUUACAGAGUAGAAAGCCAGGACAUAGCUUCAUGGUUUUCAGCCAUUUUCCCUAACUGAUGUCUGGGAACUCUGAAGCAUUCGGGCCCCACCUGGUCUUCUGGGGACCACCGGGAUCCUGAGAUCAUGCUGUCACCCCUGGGAUAUCACCCCACUUCACCCCUUGAACACUUUUAAGCCAGGAUUGUCCCAGACAGGGGUAGACACCUAAGUGUUUCAAUCAUGCACCUGGCUGUCGAUGGAAACUUUGCAGUAGGCUCCUUCAGCUAUUAUCCAACCUAUGCCUGUGGACAUCUGAUAGAAAGACAUGCUGGAAUCAUCCGUAUUUUGCAGAGAAGGGACCAUCCCUGUCAGGCACAACGGCUUAUCUAAGGUCCAAACCAGAAGUUGGCUGAAACCACCCCCGCGAUGCCUCAGGAUGUUUCGAGGGAGACGCCAUAAGAACGCUCCAGAGGACAUGGUGCAGGAGCUGAAUGUUGACAUCCGCUGCUCUCCUUCCCCAAAAGACAAGAAGCCACACAGGGACAACAGAGUCUGGCGCUGGCUCAGGGGGGAAAAUGGCUCAACCAGGAAGAGGAAUAAGACCUUGAUACUAUGGAACACUCGUGCCAGUUCAUUGGAGGCCAUAAUAGAUUACCUGGUGGCUGCCGUCAUAAAAGAAGAUCUAAACUAUGUUCACAUGUUUCUCGAAAUACAUCGCACCCUUGCUACCACCCAGGAGGUGCUGGGCCUCCUCUUUGCAAGAUUCGGAUGUGUUUACUCCACGUAUGACGAGGUCGGCGGACCCCAGGACCAGCGCAACAUGGCCGUCUAUGCCAUCCUGGAUAUGUGGGUGGAAAGGUAUCCAGGGGAUUUUGUGCAGCCUCCAGAGUAUCCCAACUUGCAUGCUCUACUGGCCUACCUGCAGGUCAAUGCGCCUGGCUCGGACCUGCUGCGCCGUGCCCAGCUUCUGCUGCCAGAAAGGCAGCGCGCUGAGACCACAGAGCCAGAGGCUGGGGCUACAUCACCGGCCCCGGAGCCAGAUCAGGAUGUGUCUCGGGAAGUGGUUCCAGCAGCCACUCUGGCACCCGCUGCACCUCUGGGGCCUGAGCUGGUCCCCGCCAUCCCUGCUGCGGCUGCUCACUAUGGGAUAGGAAGACCAGGGCAGAUGGUCGUCAGGGCCCUCGUUCACUUCUCUGCCACGGAAGAGCCACCAGGCCUUUUGACUUUCCUGGAUGACCAGCAGGGUCCUGCCCCCGAGCUGCCGCCACCUGCCUCCGUGGAGCAAGCAGGCUCAGCCCCCGAGCUGCCGCCCCCUGCGUCCGUGGAGCAAGCAGGCUCGGUCCCCGAGCUGCCGCCCCCUGCCUCCGUGGAGCAAGCAGGCUCGGCCCCCGAGCUGCUGCCCCCUGCCUCCGUGGAGCAAGCAGGCCUGGUCCCCGAGCUGCCGCCGCCUGCCUCCGUGGAGCAAGCAGGCUCGGUCCCGGAGCUGCCGCCACCUGCCUCCGUGGAGCAAGCAGUCUCGGUCCCCGAGCUGCCGCCACCUUCCUCCGUGGAGCAAGCAGGCUCUGUCCCCGAGCUGCCGCCACCUGCCUCCGUGGAGCAAGCAGUCUCGGUCCCCGAGCUGCCGCCACCUUCCUCCGUGGAGCAAACAGGCUCGGCCCACGAGCUGCCGCCCCCUGCCUCCGUGGAGCAAGCAUGCUUCGCUCCCGAGGAGCACCUUGUGCUUGCUACAACCAGAAAGCGUGUCUUUCCCAUCCCCCUUAUUGCUUUUUUUGUAUUUCUUCUCUUUUGUGUGUAUGUAUAUAAUUACAUACUAGAUUUAAUUAAAGACAGUAGAACUUGAGUUUACAUAA